AUGAAGACCUCUCAGUUCAUCUGCCUUCUGUUCACUGCCGCUGCCGGUGCCGUGCCCAUCACUGAAGGCGAUCUAAUUGCCCGUGGCGGACUCGCUCAAGCUCUCGCACCUGGCGAGAUUCUCCUUGUCAACGGGGAAAAACUCGACAUUCUCAACGAGACCGCAUUUUACGAGUUCGUGAAGGCGGAAGGCAUUGCUCUUGAGAAGCCCGAGAUCGAUUAUGACUGGCUAAACUUCACUGCCCCCGACAUAAGCAAUGCCGAGCCAGGAGUGGUUCCUCGCGAUUGCGCUCACACCACAUCGACCGUCACCGACACGACGCAGAAGUUCCUCGACUGGGACGUGCAAAUGGGUCCAGUUGUAAGAGGUGCCGGAGAGGGUGUCAACUCCUUCAUUGCCUCCGGCUGGAGUGUUUCCAACUCGGUAACGGGUUCAGUGGGCCUUGACGUCACUUUCAUCAAGGACUACCUUAAAACAAGUCUGGGCAUCAACUACUCUAAGACCUGGACAACGACCACGACUGACCAGUACUCGACUCUUGUCAAGAACGGUAACGCUGGCGUCUGGGUCACCCAGCCUUGGACAACCCGGAGAUACGGCCGCACCUUCCAAGGCUGCGUCGGCUCAAUGACCCAGACCGGAACUUGGAUGGCAGACGCCCAUGAUGAUGGCAGCUACGCCAACUCCCAAUGGGUUUCUGGCUUUAUUACCGCUUGCAUCAAGCCUGCUCCCCCUCUUGGCCAGCACAUGACCCGCUGCCACGGUUCGGGAAACUUUAUUUAA